CGAAGAACAAGACCGAUCGGUGAAAGUCUAAGCUUCUCUCUCUCACUCUCUCUCUCUGGUUCCAUGGACGGUUCUAUUCAGCGAAGCCAAGAAUGGCAGAGCCGGAUCCGAGUACCAGCACAGCUUCCUCGUCUUCCGCGAUUCAUAGGGAGUUCUCGAGCAAUGCGGCGUCGUCUUCGAGCGCCUCGCAAGUUCGGGAAGAGGAAGACCACCGUGACCGCGACCAACUUCAACACCGAUUUCCACACCCGGAGCUAGAGCACCCGCAAUUCGUCAUUCCCUACCAAGGAAACCCGAACUUAUCGGCUUUCGAUGAUGCGUCGGUGAUCAGGGACGACACGUGGUCCUGCGUUAUCGUCCUCCUCACCUUCUGGUUCUUCGUAUCAAUGACUCUGAUCCUGGGGGUUUAUGGGUCUGUGAAUUUACGCCUCGGCCCUAAUUGUUCUCUUCUUCUGCAACCUAGCCCUAUUUUUGUGCAGUAUAUGAAGGUGGAAGAGUUAAAUGGGUCAGGCCCUGGGCCUGUGUUAUAUGGGUUUUCUAAGACUCCGCCUGUUGAUACCGUUACCACAUGGUCUGAGACUCGUAAUGUUUCAGUUAAAUUUGAUUCUCACCAGGAAUGGAUUUAUGUACUAAAUAAGGGGUCUCAAAUAAAUAUUUCAUAUAGUGUGAACUCUCCGAACUACUCCAUUUUUCUCAUAAUUGCCGAAGGGAGUGAUGGCCUUGCUCAAUGGCUUGAGGAACCUACAUAUCCUAAUACCACCUUAUCGUGGAACCUCAUUCAUGGAAGUGGUAUGAUUACACAGGACAUAUCAAGGUCUUCUACUUAUUAUGUAGCAGUGGGAAACUUAAACACAGAGGAAGUGGAGGUGGAGUUAAACCUCGAAUUGAAGGCUUAUAUACACAAUACAACAGAAGCUUAUUACAAGUGUACUUUCCCUGAUGGUCUGUGUAGUUUGAGCAUUUUGUUUCCCAAUGGAAAUGUCGCAGUCUUAACCUCCCCUAGUACAGAACAGGGAAAGAACAUUGAUGAGUGGUACUUCAAAUUGUCAUAUGGACCAAGAUGGAUCACAUAUAUUGUUGGCAUAGGUGGAAUGACUCUGCUCAUGUUACUGGCCUUCAACUUCUUAAACAAGUUCCAAUGUAACCGUGAAGAUGGAAGAAAUAUUCAGUUUGGGGAAAUGGGAUCUGCAAGAGUCCCUUUGCUUCCACACAAAGAUGAUGAUCUCUCAAGUUGGGGUUCAUCUUAUGAUUCUGUGUCAGAUGAGGAUGGUAUUGAAGACUUACUUGUAUUGGGUUCCCUUGAAGGGGUGUCACUAGGAGAUGGUGAAAACAGUAACAAUACCCGGCGUCUUUGCGCAAUUUGCUUUGAUGCUCCUAGGGACUGCUUUUUCCUUCCAUGCGGGCACUGUGUGGCUUGUUUUGAAUGUGGAACUAGGAUAGUGGAGGCAACUGGCACUUGCCCGGUCUGUCGUAGGCACAUGAAGAAGGUGAGAAAGAUUUUUACUGUUUAAGCGACAGAACUUCUUGUUAAACGGGCAACGCCUAGUUGAAUAAUCUGCAACGUGGAUUAUAAUAGCUGGCCACAUUAUUUAUUUCCUGCUGACCAAUAGCAUUCAUCGAGUAGUAGCCGGGUUCUUCGGGUAGUAUUUGAAAGUGGGAUGACCACGUCCUCUCUUUUUUUCCGAUGGGCUUUCCACAAAUGUAAUACGAUUUAUUUAUAGGAAUGUCAGAAUACGCACAUUGUAUUCAAUGUAAUUGAUACGUUUUUGGUGUUUUA